GAUUCACCAGAACUUUGUGGAUCCUGUGACCUUUGAGGAUGUCGCUCUGCACUUCUCCAAGGAGGAGUGGCGCCUCCUUGCUGAGGCUCAGAGAAGCCUGUACCUUGAUGUGAUGCUGGAGAACUUUGCACUUGUUUCCUCUCAAGGUUGCUGUUGUGGAACAAAGAAUGUGGAGGCACCAUCUGAACAGAGCAUUCCUGUGGGAGUGUCACAGGCCAGGACUUCAAGGGAAUCUCAGUCUUCCCAGAAGACCCACCCCUGUGAGAUGUGUGGUCCAGUCUUGACAGAUAUCUUCCGUUUGACUGAGCACCAGGAAACACUGCACAGACUGAGGUGUGGGGCAUGUGGAAAACAAUUUUAUUUCAGUGCAAACUGUCAACAUGACCAGGAGCAGCUCACGGGAGAGAAACUCCUCCUAAGUAUUGUGGAUAGAUCCUCAUUUGUAAAGAGCUGCAAUUUCCAUGUGUCACAGAAGCCCUCUACCUGUGAGGGGGUUGGAAAGGACUGCCUGACCUCCUCAGGACAUCUCCAACAAGCCACUCACACCGGAGAGAAACCAAACAAGAUCUCCAAAAGUAGGGGGACUCUUCAGCACAGAAAAAGUAACUAUACUAGUGAAGAAUGUGAGAAAGCCUUCAGUCCCAAACACGCACAUGUUCAGGACUCGGGAGUGCACAUUGAAAAACAGUGUUUUGUGUGCCGUGAGUGUGGGAAAACAUUCAGGUACAAAUCCUCAUUUGUUAUUCACCAGAGAGUCCAUGAUGAUGACAGAAUUCAUGUAUGUGAUGACUGUGGGAAAUCCUUUAGGGGAAGCUCAGCCUUCACUCAACACCGAAGAAUUCAUUCUGCGGCGAGGCAGCACAAGUGCGGCAAAUGCGGGAAAUCCUUUAACCAAAAAUUUGUCCUCAUUUAUCCUCAGAGAAGCCACACUGGAGAAAGUUGUUACGUCUGCUGUGAAUGUGCACCAUCUUUCAGGCAAAGCUCUGCUCUUAUUCCACAACAACAGACAGUUUAUUCUGGAGAAAUGAGUUUUGAGUGCACCGAAUGCGGGAAAUUCUUUAAACGGAAAUUGGACCUCAUUGAACACGGGAGAGUUCAUACAGGAGAGAGGCCUUAUGAGUGUAAUGAAUGUGGGAAGUCUUUUACUUCCAGCUCUGCCCUCCGUUAUCAUCAGCGAGUUCACAGUGGAGAAAAGCCUUAUAGUUGCAAUGAAUGUGGGAAGUCUUUUACCUCUAGCUCUGGCCUCCGUUAUCAUCAGAGAGUUCAUACAGGAGAACGGCCAUUUGAGUGUAGUCAUUGUGGGAAAUCUUUUACUCAAAUAAAUCACCUCAUUAUACACCGAAGAAUUCACACAGGGGAAAGGCCUUAUGAGUGCAGUGAGUGUGGAAAAUCCUUUAGCCACAAAUCUUAUCUCUCCCAACAUCAGAGAGUUCACACUGGAGAAAAGCCCUUUGAAUGUAGUGAAUGUGGGAAAUCUUUCACCUCUGGCUCUGCCCUCUGUUAUCAUCAGAGAGUUCACUCCGGAGAAAAACCCUAUGAGUGCAGUGAAUGUGGGAAAUCUUUUACCAAUGGACCAAUACUCAUUCGACACCGCAGAGUUCACACAGGAGAAAGGCCUUAUAAAUGCAGUGAAUGUGGGAAAACUUUCACCCAAAGAAAUCAUCUCAAUAUACACCAGAGAGUUCACACAGGAGAGAGGCCUUAUGAGUGUCGUGAAUGUGGAAAAUGCUUUACCUCUGGCUCCUCCCUUCGUUAUCAUCAGAGAGUUCACACUGGAGAAAGGCCUUAUGAAUGUAGUGAAUGUGGGAAGUCCUUUACCCGAAGAAAUAACCUCCUUAUACACCUUAGAGUUCAUUCAGGGUACAGGCCUUAUGAGUGUGGUGAAUGUGGGAAAUCUUUUACCUUUAGUUCUAGCCUCCGUUAUCAUCAUAGAGUUCACACUGGAGAAAGGCCUUAUGACUGCAGUGAGUGUGGGAAAUCCUUUAACAAUAGGUGGACACUUGUUAGACACCAGAGGAUUCACACAGGAGAAAAGCCUUACGUAUGCAGCAAUUGUGGCAAAUCUUUUACUUGUAGUUCCACACUUCAGUAUCAUGAGCGAGGCCACCUUGGGAAAAGGCCUUAUGAGUGCACUGAAUGUGGGAGAUCUUUUACUACUAGCUCUGCCCUCCGUUAUCACCAGAGUGUUCACACAGGAGAAAGGCCUUAUGAGUGCAGUGAAUGUGGGAAAUCUUUUAUCUCCAGAUCUGACUUCCAGUAUCAUCAGAAAACUCACUCAGGAGAAAGGCCUUAUGAGUGUAAUGAAUGUGGAAAAUCCUUUAUUCGAAGAAAUAACCUCAUUUUACACCAGAGAGUACACACGGGAGAAAGACCUUAUGAGUGUAGUGAAUGUGGGAAAUCUUUUAACAAUAAGUCGACACUCAUUCAACACCGGAGAGUUCACACAGGAGAAAAACCUUAUGUGUGCACUGAAUGUGGAAAAUCCUUUACUUCUAGCUCCACCCUCGCCUAUCAUCUGAGAACUCAUGCGGGGAAAAGGCCUUAUGAAUGUAGUGAAUGUGGGAAAUCAUUUACAUCUAGUUCCACCCUUAAUUACCAUCAGAGAGUUCACACAGGAGAAAGGCCUUAUAAAUGCAGUCAAUGUGGAAAAUCUUUUACUUUUAGUUCGAGCCUCCGUUAUCAUCACAGAGUUCACACUGGAGAGAGGCCAUAUGAGUGCAGUGAAUGUGGGAAAACUUUUAAGGAUAGAUCACAAUUCACUAAACACCAGAGAGGUCACACUGGAGAGAGACCUUAUGAGUGUAAUGAAUGUGGGAAAUCUUUUAGCCACAAAUCUUCCCUCUCAAUACACCAGAAAAUUCAUAAUAGAGAACGGUCUUACAAGUGUGGCGAGUGUGGUAAGUCUUUUACCUCUACCUCUGGUCUUGGUUAUCAUCGGAGACUUCACAGGGGAGAAAGGCCCUAUCAGUGCGUUGAAUGUGGGAAGUCUUUUACCAGCAGCUCAAUACUUGUUCGACACCAGAGAGUUCACACAGGAGAAAGACCUUAUGAGUGUAGUGAAUGUGGGAAAUGUUUUGCCAGUAGUGACACACUUUCUUAUCACGAGAGAGUUCACACAGGAAAAAAGCCUUACAAAUGCAAUCAGUGUGGAAAAUCUUUUGCCUCUGGUUCCACCCUCCGUUAUCAUCAGAGAGUUCACACAGGAGAUAGGCCUUAUGAGUGCAGUGAAUGUGGGAAAUCUUUUAUCUGUAGUUCCAAACUUCGUUAUCACCAUCGAGUUCACACUGGUGAAAGGCCUUAUGAAUGCAGUGAAUGUGGAAAACUGUUUAGGGAUAGUUCCCAAUUCAAUCAACACCGGAGAGGUCACACUGGAGAAAGACCUUAUGAGUGCAAUGAAUGUGGGAAACUUUUUAUACGAAAAUCUACGCUCUCUCAACAUCAGAGAGUUCACAUGAGGGAAAGGCCUUAGAAGUGCUAGAGACGUGCAAUUUUCUGUUCAGUGUAAAAGCCCUGGAGGAAAUUCUUUCAGAACUCAUUUGUCUGAAUUGAGACUCAUACGUCUGAAUAUGUACAGUGGGUAGAUUCCCCGUAAGUUUCAUUUACGAGAAGCCUGUGUAAAUACGCUAUACUCUCUGAUUGGCCGGGGCUCUUCCUAGGUUUAUGUGGCUAAAGUUCUUUAACCUUUCCCACUGGCAUGUCCUUAGAAUUUUUGCAACAGUCAUGGCCUAAUGUGUUCUGGGAAGCUGAACUCUGGUUUCACAUAUUGUAGAAAUCUAGGAAUAACCAAACCCUCAGGGGUCAGCUUUCCCUUUAUGACUAAUGUGGACAUGGAUUUCAGUGAAUAUCCUGACUUCUGCUUCAAGCUUACAGAGAAAUGACUACCGGUUCCAGGGAUGUGUUGGUCUCACAUGAUACUUGUGAUGGAAUUUACCGGCUUCCAGUUCAUGGAUUUGGAAGUGCCUAUUGCUCAUUGCUUUGCCUUGUGAAACAGUCGAGGCCUUGUAUUUUCUUUGUUGUUAUUCCUCACCUGAGGGUAUUUUUUCCGUUGGAUUUUAGAGAAAGUGGAAGGGAAGGUGAGAGACGGAAACAUCAGUGUGAGAGAGACAGAUUGGAUGGGUUGACUCCCACACAUAUUCCAAUCAGGUGCCAAGGACUAAACUUACAACCCAGGUACAUGCCAUUGACUAGGAUCAACCUGAGAUAAUUCAGUAUGUCGGCCAAUGCUCUAACCAUUGAGUCAUACCUGCAAGGGCGAAAAGACAUCUUUAAUAUGGGAAACCAAAAUCAGGGUAUUAUGCUCUCCUCUCUUUUUAUGUCUAAAAUGUACUUUGGGUAAACAUAAAGUUAGGAAAACUUAGAGAUGAUUUCUAUUUAAUAAGUGCUAACAUCCUGAUAAAGUUUUAUAGAAUGCAGACAUGUCUCAACAGCUCAUAAAAUAAUUGAUUUAGCCCAAAAUCAUCAACCAAUUACUUCAACCAAAUAUAUUCAAUGACAGCCGGCAGAGUAGACAAAAUUUCAAUGGGUAAAAAUGAUAUUGGAUGAAAAACCUUUUAACAGUUAAACUCACUAUGCAACGUUCACAACACAAAAAUGACACUGAUACUUCAUAGCAUCUGUGCCUAAAGCAAUCAAAAGUCUAAGCUCUGCCUGUGCAGCAGUGUGGCUAGAAUCAAGGAGGAUUUGAUCUAAUGCCAUUGGCUCCAACUAUGUAUUUAUUGCAAACAAAGGAGAACAAGUUAAGGACAUCAAAGGUGUGCCAUACACGAGUUCCGGGAAGACAAGUGUUUGGUUCCGGAACAACUGUAGUAAAGCCAGUCACACAAGUUUAAUGGUUCUUUAACCAUUAAAAAUUACAUUUACACUCUACAUCACUGUAGUCUAUGCACAUAAAAAUUACAUUUACACUCUACAUCACUGUAGUCUAUGAAAUGUGCAAUACCAUUAUGUUUUCAAGCAAUAAUGUACAUAAUUUAAACAUUUGCCCAAGCCAGUGUGCUACAGUGGUUUGAGCAUUGACCUAUGCACCAGAAAGGUAGCAGGUUUGAUUCCAGGUCAAGGGCAGGUACCUGGGUUGCAGGUUCCAUCCCCAGUCGCCAAUGAGGCGUUUAGGGGAAGCAAUCCCUGUGUCUCAUGCUGAUGGUCCUCUCUUUUUUCCCUCCUCCCGACCCUCCACUCUAAAAACCAAUGGAAAAUAUAUCAUCUGGUGA